AUGACAUCAGUUGGAACGCUACCCAAAAUUGAUAUAGAUGAAGCCGAUAUCUUAGUUCUUUCCAGGGGCUUAGAGAAGACGAGUAAAUUGACUUAUGACAUUAACAAAUCACUAAGUCAAAUUGUGCAAACAUCCGAUCAAUCAACUAGGUUAUUUGUACCAAUCUUAAGUAGAAACAAUGAACUUACGAUACUUCAAAAAAAUAUAGAAAGCACAUUAAAUUCUGUUGCUUCGGUGAAAGACCUUGCUACUGAAGCUUCUAAAUAUGAAAUUCUCUUAACUAAAGGGAUUAAAGAAAUUGGUAUAAAGAACUAUACACAGCUUAUUCAUAGAUUGGAUGAUAUGGCAGAGAGUAUAAAUAUUAAUAAUAAACAAAACGCAGAAUUCAAUGGUAUUUUAAUUCGUUUAACAGAAGUUAUUAAAGAUAGUGAGGCAAAUUUACGAAUGUACUUUGUAGCUAUAUUAAACACAAUAAAACCAUUCGAUCCACAAAUUAAUAUGAACAAAAAGAUUCCGUUUCCUUAUUAUGAAGAUCAACAAUUAAGUGAACUAUCUUCCAUUUUAGAUUAUUUUUACAACAAUUCAGAUAUCGAUAGUAUCCAGGAGUCAUUGAUUAAUGAGAGAAGUCAAACAAUCCUGAAGUCUAUGGCAUUCUUAGAACCAUUUGCUAAAAGGAUAACUACUUCCAAAAAUGCUCCAUAUGAAAAGGGAUCAAGUGGUAUGAACCCUUACACAGAGGCUAUUCUUGGUUUCAUUGCAAAUGAAAAAUCUCUUAUAGAUGAUAUAUGUUCUCAAUAUAUGACAUUUAAAGAACCGACCCUGGAUGCUAUUUUAAAACGUUUAUUGAAGACUUACUCCAAAUUGAUUAAUUAUAAUUUGGAAUCUAUCAAAGGUAACCUUGAUAACACCGGUAUCUUUAGUUUUGAGUUGGUGGAGAGUGUACAGAAUGUCAGAAGAUCUCUUAGAUUUAGUCAAAAUUUACAAAAUUUGGAUUCAUUGGUUCAGUGCUCAAAGAAAAUAGAUCAAGUGACUCAAUCCUUGUUUAAGGAUACUAUUCAAAGAAUUGGCGAGAAAGUUAACAGACUUUCUUCUUUACCUACAGACAAUGGUGUUACAGAAUCAACUGUCGACACAAUGUCCAGAUUAAGAAAACUGGGAGAAUUCCAAAGUGGGUGUAUUACAGCUAUAAGCUCAAUGGAAAGGAAUAAUUGGUUAGUGACAUCAUUUUCACCAAAGGACUCCACAUUCGAUGAUAAAUUUUUAAAGAAUUGUAGUGAAAAAGAGGUAUCUGUGAGGUUAUUGUCAUGUUUCUUCAGUGACUGUAUCGAUACGUUAUGUUUGUUUCUUGAAAAGAGAGCUGAAAAAAUAUUAGGGAACAAUAUGUCAUCUGAAAUAUCCAGUCCCGCAUUAACACACACAUCAUCCAAAGAUGGCUUUAGUAGUCCAAAACACAAACAAAGAAUUGGCUAUUUCAUCUUGAUGAAUAUUUCUUUGGUGGAGCAAAUUGUCGAAAAGUCAAGUUUAAGUUCCAUACUAGGACAAGAAGGUAAUGUGAGGAUUAAAAAAUUACAUAAAAGAUAUGUAGAUUAUAUGGUUGCUGAUUGGAAGGAUCUAACUGCUAUUUUGAUGGACGCCGUGUUCAUAGACAGUGCUGGUAAAAAAUCAAAGGAUAAGGAGCAAAUAAAAGAGAAGUUUAAGAGAUUUAAUGAUGGUUUCGAAGCUCUUGAAAGUAAAACUAAACAAUAUAGAUUGACAGAUCCUGCUUUAAAGAAACGUUUGAAAUCUGAAAUUGUCUCUUUGAUUAUCCCAAUGUACGAAAGAUUUUACGGUAGGUACAAGGACUCAUUUAAAAAUCCAAGAAAACAUAUCAAAUAUACUCCUACAGAGUUAACGUCUGCAAUUGAUCAAGUAACACGUUGA